UGUUUUAAAACUUUGUAAUGUUCUUCUAGGUUCAAAUGAUUCAAGAACAAAUGCAUGCCUUAGUGGACACUCAAUCAGUUGGGGAGGAGCGAUAUGCAAGAGCGAAACAGGAAAAUGCUACGUUGCAAGCAAGAAUAUUAAUGUUAGAAGAAGCUGCCAAAGACGCCGAGACUAGAGCUGAAGAAAGGCUUCAAGCAGAGCAACGAAGACAUAGGGAAUGGGCAAGUCGUUUAGAACGUGAACGACAAUUGCAACUAGAGAAUUAUGCCAUAAAAUUGCGAUCUAUAGAAUUAGAAGGUGCCAGUACGAGAGAAGAAGUAGUAAGGUUGCGCGAGCAACUUGAAAAAGUAAGAGCAGAAAAAAGUCGAUUGGAAAAUAACCUCGAGGAAGUUAGAACGGACGUAGAAAUUGCACGUGAGGGUGAACGUCAAGCAACAUGUCGAGCUAAUGAAAUCCAACAUCAGUUGGAAGCUGCCAGAGAAGAGCUCUCAAUGAGAAUAGAGGAUCAACAAAGAAUAGAGGAAUUAAUGCAACAGGUGGCUCAACUCCAGGCUCAUAAUAAAAGUUUAGAGGAAUCACGAGACGAAUUGCAGGCUGCAGCGGCUCUGCAGGCAGGCCGUGAACUAUUAAUGUUAAAUCCCUGUAACAGUACCGCCGAGAAAGGACCUAGUCUCGCUGUAGAAUUAUUAGCAGGGAUGAACCAAGAUCAAAUGGAUGGUCAAAUUCUUGGCGACUAUGGUGACCUUUCUAGUAUAUCUGAAAUGAGACAAGCUUUAAAGGAACAGCAAGAGGUUAAUACACAAUUAAGGGCGUACAUUGAUGGAAUCUUAUUGAACAUAGUUGAAAACUAUCCUCAGUUGUUAGAAGUGAAACAAACACAUUGAAGUAUUGCAUAAAUAGUCAGUCACUGAGUUUAAUGUUAAUUUGUUUAAGGCAGUUGUACAUUACACUUCAUUGUUGGAACUUUUAUUUAUAAGUUUAUACGAGCAAUGUUGUCAUAAACUAAUUAUAUAAAUAUUAUAUGGGAAAGCGAUUUCCGUCCAUACGAUCUUAAAAUUUUAGUAACAUGUUGCAAUUAUUUAAUUUGAUGUUUUCACUGCCACUGUUAUUACUUCAAUUAUACACUUUUUAUACGAAAGCAGUGGGCGAAUUAAAACAUAAGAUAGGGACUAUGAGGAUAUGCAUGAAAUUUAAACAAACAAGUUAUCAUAAAUAAGCUCUGUAUUGUCCGAGUCUAGAAAUUCAGAGCCUUACAACGUUGCCUUUAUAGAAAUGGUAUAAAACUAUUUUCGAACGUUUAAUGAAAUUUCAAUUAUGUACCGUAAUGUGUAAUUCAUGAUGCGUAAAAUCAUGCUUUUUUUAAGAGAAGGUGAAUGAAAGGUAUGUGGUUCUUAGCAAAAAAUAUGUAUAGUUGCAUUCAGUAUCACAACACUUGUGAUGUAACAAAAAGUACAUACAAAAUUUAAUACUUAAUAUUUUCACCUAUAGUUUACAGUAUACCUAGAAAUUUAUACUGAACGAUAUAGAGAAAGUAAUUAAAUAAUUAUAUUUUACUACCUCUAGUUUCAUCCUGCUUAUAAAUCCUACAUUGAUUUUACGAAUUUUGUAUAUAUAUGUCUAAAGUUGUUGAAUAGCUAUUGUAUAAUGAUUUGUGAUGUUGCCUAAAUUUACAAAAAAUUCAAAUUCGUAAAUUUAUCUAGAAUUGAACAUUUUAUAGUGAAAUAAAAUUGGUCUUUUAUAUCUUUUAAGGAGAAAAAGUUCAGAUUGUCUCUGAUAAUCAUUUUGCAAUUGAUUAUUAAAAAGAACAUGAACAUGUUACCAAACGUAA